AUGGCUGGAGGCAACGAGAGGAGCAUGAAGGCCCUGAAGGAGGUGUGGAGGAGAGCGGAAAACUCUUUGUGCGCAGACUGCGGGAAGCCAGAUCCUGACUGGGCAUCCUCUACUUUGGGUGUCUUUAUAUGCCUCAGCUGCUCAGGAAUUCACCGCAACAUCCCUAGCAUCAGCAAAGUCAAAUCCCUGAAGAUGGACCACUGGGACGAUGCUCAGGUGCAGUUUCUGGCCAAGCAUGGGAAUGCUGUGACUAAAGCCACGUACGAAGCUCACAUCCCUAUUUACUAUUACCAGCCAACAUACAAUGACUGCCAAGUGCUGAGAGAACAGUGGAUACGGGCCAAAUAUGAACGCAAAGAGUUCACCAAGCCGGGAAAACAGCUGCCAUAUUCUGAUGGGGUGAAGGAAGGCAUCCUCUGGAAGCGAGGCCGAGACAACGGGCAGUUCCUACCCCGCAAGUUCUUCUUGUCUGAAAGAGAGGGAUGCCUGAAGUAUUUCACCAAGCAGGAUGCCAAAGAACCCAAAAUCAAUGUUAAAAUAGAUGUCAUCAAUGCUACGUUCCAACCAGUGAAGAUUGGGAACCCCAAUGGCCUGCAGAUCACCUAUCUCAAAGACAACAAGACCCGGAAUAUAUUUGUCUACCAUGAAAGUGGAAAGGAGGUAGUGGACUGGUUCAAUGCCAUUCGCUCUGUGCAGUUCCAUUAUCUGAAGGUAGCAUUUCCCAUUGCCAGCGAUAAUGAGAUUAAAAAUCGGCUGACAAGAAACUUCCUGAAGGAGGGAUACAUGGAGAAGACUGGUCCCAAGCAGAGAGAGGCUUUUAAGAAGCGCUGGUUCACGCUGGAUCACCGCAGGCUCAUGUACUUCAAGGACCCUUUGGAUGCAUUUGCUAAGGGUGAGGUAUUUGUGGGCAGCAGAGAGAAUGGCUAUAGCGUCCAGAAGGGAUUGCCUUCGGGGACACAGGGCAACUUCUCUUGGCACUAUGGCCUCACCAUUGUCACCCCUGACCGGGAAUACCUCUUCACCUGUGAGACAGAGACUGACCAGUUGGACUGGAUCGCAGCCUUCACUAGCGUCAUCAACCAGGCCAUGACACCACAGGAAUAUGCAAUUGAAGCCUACUUCAAGUUUAAAUCCUAG